UACACAGUGACAGACACAUUGAUGAUGGCGAAAUGUCGAAACGUUUCCGUUAGAUCAACCCAGCGACGAUAGUCGGACCGAAACGAUAUUUAACGACCUAAUUUCACAUUCAUCCCUCGGCAGACAACAGAGAAAUCUCAAUUUGACCAAUGUUCUAGCUGAUUUGGAAAUGGGACGAGCGCAGAGACAAGCGGACAUCCACUGGACCGAAGCAACAAGAAAAAUGGCAAACAAGAGUUGAAAUAUAGUAAGAACAGGAAGAUCAGAAUGAUGGUAAUAGAUGACAUUUUUGAUAAAUUGUCCGUUUGAUAAUUUUUAUGAGAAUUGCGCAUUAAUUUUGAAAAUCGGAAACAAUCGAAAACAUCGACUUUUAGAGUCGAUUUUAAUUAUUGAUUUCGUCUACUGACAACAUUCAACAACAAUACUCAACAGUAUUUUGGUUUUCAUCUGAUAACUGCAACACAUGUCUUAUUUAGAAGCUGGAACCAGCUCAACACCUUUGUCAUUGUUCUAAGUCAGCGGUUGGUAUGUUUUGGCGAAGGCCCCCGAGGAGAAAGCUGCUGCAUUUCAUGUCCAGCCGAAAAGCUUGUCUACAGGGUAUGAAAGCGCGAUGACCAGCGAUCGAGAGGAACAUCCCUGGCGAUGGGACCUGUCCGCACCGACAGAUGGGCCUUUUCAAAAAUCGGAGCUUACGACAAAAAUAAAACCGGCCAGAAUGUUGUCAAGAAAAUGCCGGCUCGUCGAGUAUUCGACAUGGCGCAAUUUUAAAAAACCUCUCGAUGAGCGAAGGCUGUGCCAGGCCGUAUCGAUGAACGACACUGCGACUGUGAUCCACCUCCUGAACCAGGGCGUCUCUCCGAGCUGCUACGAUAGGCAAAUGAGAACGCCUCUUCAUCUUGCAGCUUGCAAAGGAUACGCUCACAUGGUCAAGAUUCUGCUGGACAAAGGUGCCGACCCGAAUGGCAAAGAUUCAAUCGGCAACACUCCUCUUCAUCUCGCCACUUGUACAUACAACUUAGAAGUUAUACUAUUGCUCUUAUGUGCAGGUACAAACGUGUCGAGUAAAGAUUUCGUUGGACGCAGCCCUUUGCAGCUUGCCUUAUCAAAGGCAAGGGCUUCAAAAGAAAACAUGGAUCGUGACGAUUGGAGUGCAAAUUCUGAAAGGAUCGCAAGACUGUUGUUAAGUUUCUCAAAUAGUGGGAGUGCAGGGGUCGAUUCGCAGCUGCUGUCGCAUUUUCACAAGCUGAACCUCUCCGAUGCAGAAGAGAAGAUGGAGUCGUUCGUACAGGAGCUUAAUUCGCUUAAACUUCAGAAGUAGUGUUACACACAUAAAAAAUUAGAAAAUAAUGUAACAUAAAACCAGGGUAAAUAUUCCAUACCAAUAAUGCCCUGACCAUAAUUUUCUUUUUUUAAGCCAUCAAUCAUGUAUAUAGUCAUUGAAUAAGUUAUUUUUGUACAUAACACAAACUGUCACUCCUCAAAGUUCGAAGUUUUUAUUUAUGAAAAAAUUAUAUAUAUUUUUUUUAACUUUUAAUAAUUAAAUGUGGUGUUUGGAAGCUAAGUAACGAUGGCAAUGGAAUUAAUUGUUAGAAGUUAUUACUAAUUAAAAAUACAAAUGAAAAGGGAACACAG